AUGGCCAACAAGAUGGACAUGUCCCUGGACGACAUCAUUAAACUCAACGGGAGCCAGCGUGGCAGAUGCGGCGGGGACCGGGACCGGGAUCGGGACCGAGACCGAAGUCGGGCUGGAGCCCAGGACGGCCGCGACGGCGGAGAGGCGCAGGGGGCAGCCCGCGCAAGCCGAGGCGGGGGCCCCAUCCGGAACAGGCGGGCCGUGGCCCGCGGAGUGGCCCGCGGCGGCGGCAUCAACCGACCCGCGCCCUACAGACGACCAAAACAGCUUCCAGACAAGUGGCAGCCGGACGUGUUCCACAGUGACUUUGGAGGAGGGAGCCCCACUGAGACCGGGACCAAGUUGCUGAUCUCCAAUCUGGAUCCUGGGGUCUCGGAUGCCGAUAUUCAGGAACUGUUUGCUGCCUUUGGAACUCUGAAGAAGGCAGCCGUGCAUUAUGAUCGCUCCGGGGGAAGCUUAGGAACAGCAGAUGUUCACUUUGAGCGAAAAGCCGAUGCUCUGAAGGCCAUGGAACGCUAUAAUGGUGUCACCUUGGAUGAUAGACCCAUGAACAUCCAGCUUGUUCUAGCAGAGACUCAUCAACAACGAAGACCCACACAGAGUGAAAAUCGAGGUGGAAUGACCGGGAGCCGCGGCUCUGGAGGCGGCCCCCAGAGAGGCGGCCCUGGAGGCAAGCGACGACCAGAACGAGGGAGUGCAAGAAAUUCCAGCUUUCCAGAGAAGAACUAGAUGCACAACUGGACGCUUAUAAUGCCAUAAUUGAAUUCGAGUUAAACUAGCCAGCAUAUUCU